AUGGGCGUCUUCGAAAGCAUCGGACACCGCUCUUCUUCCGGCGGCAUCACCGGCGCUCUGCUUCGACUGGUCCUUCGCCUGUUCCAAUUCGUCCUCGCCCUUACAGUGGCCGGAUUGUAUGGCAUCGAUCUGCAUCACGCCCACGAAUGGGAUCAACAACACCCGCCCAGUCAGCAAGUCGGCGCUGACCCUAAGUGGGUGUACGCUGAGGUCGUCGCGGGACUCAGCGCCGUCGCCUGUAUCGUCUACGGGCUGCCCUUCUUUAAGAGUUACUGGGCCUUUGCCUGGGACUGGGUGUUGUUCAUCCUGUGGACCGCGCUGUUCGGCGUCUUUGGCCGCAUCUACAUCACCGCACAUCCGACGCCGAAGCAAGCGGGUAUCAUUCGCAUGAAGCACGCCGUGUGGGUGGAUUUGGCGAGCAUGAUUCUGUGGUUCAUCACGGCUAUCUAUUCGACUGUCAUCUGGCAUCGCGGCAGGCUGAGCAGGUCGAUGAGUUCCAAGGUUUAG